GGAAGGACUGCAGGGACUGGAGUAUCUCAGGCGCUCUCGGUGGGUGGGGCUGGGAGCAGGGGUACCUGGGAAACAGGCUCCCUCUGGAAUUCACAGUUGAGCCGCUGUCUAAGUCACGGACCUCGGGAAUCUAUAAGAUAGAGGACUGCAAACGGGCCUCCAGGGGUGCCACACUCCAGAAGGACAGCUUAGGCCACGCACCAUGUGGUGGGCCCUGCUGCCGCUCCCGCUGCUGCUGCCCACGGCGCUGCGCCCCAGCUGGGCAGGGCCACCCCAGGAGAGGGGCCCUCUUUUCCGGCUCACUCGGCGGGACCCCCGGGAGAGCGGGACCAGCAACGCCACGGUGUCGCCGUGCGAGGGGCUGCCCGCCGCGGGAGCCUCGACCUGGACCCUCGCGAACCGCAGCCUGGAGCGCCUGCCCAGCUGCCUGCAGCCCGCACUGCGCAGCCUAGACGUCAGCCACAACCUGCUGCGCGCCCUGAGCGCCGCCGAGCUCGGGCCCCUGGCGCGGCUGCAGGUGCUGACGCUGCGCCACAACCGCAUCUCCGCGCUGCACUGGGGCCCGGGCGGGCCGGCGGCGCUGCACACGCUGGACCUCAGCUACAACCGGCUGGCCGCGCUGCCGCCGUGCGCCCCGCCCGCGCUGCCCGGCCUCCGCUCGCUGGCGCUCGCCGGGAAUCCGCUGCGGGCGCUGCAGCCCCGGGCCUUCGCCUGCCUCCCCGCGCUGCGCCUCCUCAACCUCUCCGGCACGGCGCUGGGCCGCGAGCCCGGGGCGGGCAUCGCCGACGCGGCCUUCGCGGGAGCGGGCGGCGCGCUCGAGGUCCUGGACCUCAGCGGCACGUUCCUGGAGCGCGACACAUGUACUUGGCAUGUUUUGACCGAUUCACAAGUGCAGUCAGGGUGGAUCAGAGACCUGCCGAAGCUCACAUCUCUCUACCUGAGGAAGAUGCCCAGGCUGAGAAUUCUGGAGGGGGACAUUUUCAAGAUGACCCCCAACCUGCAGCAGCUGGAUUGUCAAGACUCCUCAGCACUUACUUCUGUCCACACACACAUCUUCCAAGACACUCCUCACCUACAGGUCCUUCUCUUCCAGAACUGCAACUUGAGUUCCUUCCCUCCUUGGAGCCUGCAUUCCUCCCAGGUCCUGUCCAUCAACCUCUUUGGCAACCCUCUCAUUUGCAGCUGUGAAUUGUCCUGGCUCCUCAGGGAUGCAAAGAGGACUAUCCUAAGCAGGGCAGUGGACACUGUGUGUGUACCAGCUUCAGGGUCCCGAGACACCUUCUCGGCCCCUCUUUCGCUGACCCAGCUGCCCACUGUGUGCCAUCUGGACCAAAGCACCACCCUCCUCGAUUCCAGCUCGCCCCACUCUGUUCCCUUCGCCCACGCACCGUCUACACAGGGUCUCACCACCCCACCGAGCACAGCCCCCUCCACUCGACCCGUGGAAGCUGGGCAGAGCGUCACCAAGCCCCCCUCCCUCCCCGCGGAUUCCGCCACACAAACUGCAUGGUCACACAGUGCCAUCAAGGUGGGGACCGCCCCCUCCCCGGCCAUCUCCACAGCGGAUUCCAGCAACUCCGGCGCUCUGCGCAGGGCAGCAAGCACAGCUGGGACAGAGCCCCAAGAAGAACACGCUGCCAUGCUGGGCCAUACGCCUCACGUCCCAGCUGCCUCCACCGCCUUGGCCAGCAAACACCCUGGGCUCUUCCCUACCCCCUGGAGCCCAGUGCGGACGCCCCAGCCCGACUGCACAACACAGGCCACCCCGCAGGCGCCCCUCCCGAGUCCUUCCGAGGGCGCGAUUCCAAUCUUGCUGUUGGACGACUCCAGUGAGGAGGAGGAGGAGGGGCAGAAGGAGGAGGUGGGCGCGCCUCCCCAGGAUGUCCCCUGUGAUUACCACCCCUGCAAGCACCUCCAGACCCCGUGCGCGGAGCUGCAGAGGCGCUCGCGGUGCCGGUGCCCCGGCCUCAGCGGGGAAGACACCCUCCCGGACCCCCCCAGGCUGCAGGCGGUGACCGAGACCACCGACACGUCGGCCCUGGUCCGCUGGUGCGCCCCCAACUCGGUGGUGCGCGGUUACCAGAUGCGCUACUCUCCCGAGGGCCGGCCGGGGAACCGGUCGGUGACGGUGGUGGCGGACAUCUACGCCACCGCCCGGCAGCACCCCCUGUACGGGCUCUCGCCGGGCACCACGUACCGCGUGUGCGUCCUGGCCGCCAACCGGGCGGGCCUGAGCCAGCCGCCGGCCUCGGGCUGGACGCGGGCGUGCGCCGCCUUCACCACCAAGCCCAGCUUCGUGCUCAUCUUCGCGGGGCUGUGCGCCGCCUGCGGCCUGCUGCUCGUCACCACGCUGCUGCUCGCCGCGUGUCUGUGCAGGCGGGGCCGGCCGCCACGCCCCCAGCGCCACGACACGCACCUGGUGGCCUACAAAAACCCAGCCUUCGACUACCCGCUGAAGCUCCAGACGCUCAGUUAGCUCAAUGCCCCCUCCUCCACUCGAACUCGAGCUGAGGAACCGGCCGCCUGUGUGCUGAAAAGAAGAUACAGAGGGUCAAAGGUGACCCCGUUAGCUCAGAAUGCCUCUAAUUUCCUGUGAAGGCAGCACUCUGCCAUGCAGUUUCUCAAUCUGAGGAACCACUGCCUUCCCCGCCUUCUACUUCUCUGUUCCCAGAAACGUUAGGGUUCGCACCAGACCACCCCCCUCGCCGCACGGCAUCCUUGUGUGUUAUUUGGGUUUUUCAGCAGUCAAUGCCCCUUGGCGUCCAGUCGAAUAGAUUGGGUGUGAAAGUAGGAAGAGAGAAAACAGUUCACACAGUUCAGUCUCUUUUGCCAUAUUGGAAGUGACAUCCUCAAGUCAUUUCAGGGAAGUUCCCUUGUGCUCAAGCUCUGGCUAAGGCACCUGGUAUUCAAGGAAGCAACUCCAGUGGGUUCUUAAUCUGAGAACCGUGGGUAGGGGAGGACUACCGGUUAUGUUUCCUGAGGCGGUCUGGGUUUAUUGCGUUUAUUGGCAAAAACAAAUGUGCUUCAAGCUUUGUAGUUAAAAUUGCAAUCUUCUGGGAACAUCUGUGAAACACAGGAUAAGCUGUCCUUUUUAAAGUCAUUAUUUACUGCACUUCUCCAUAGUCUAAGUGGUCAAAGAAACUAUGAACUUUUCUUAAGAAAGCAUAAUAAGGUCACUUUCAGGACUUGGUCUUUUAAGAGAGAAGAGAUGAACAAAAGAGAACCUCAAGGCUCUAGCUAGGGGCCAAAGCAUUUUGCUCCCCGUUGCAUCAAACAAUGCCUUCAUGACUUGUAUCUGAGUGUGGGCAACACUUUCUGACACCCCUUUUCACUUGUAUACCAACUUUAAAAAAAUGAUUUUAUAAAAUUACAAUGUGGGUCAUAUUUCUAGAUUUUAAUUUUCUACAUUAGUAUUUAUUUCACUUUUCUGUGACUACUGUUAACAAUUACCACAAACUGGAUGGCUUAAAACAACAGAAAUUUAUUCUUACAGUUCAGGCCAGAAAACCACAACCAAGGUAUCAGUGGAGUGGUCUCUUCUGGAGACUCUGAGAAUUGUUCCAUGCCUGUUCUGGUCGCUGGCAGUCCUGGGUGCUCCUUCGCUUGCAGAUAAAUCCAAUCGAUGCCUCCGUUGUCUUAUGGCAUUCUCUGUGUCCAAAUUUCCCUCUUUAAAAAAAAUGUUUCUCCCCCAUCUUUACAGAGAUAUAAUUGACAUAUAACUUUGUGUAAGUUUACGAUAUACAACCUAAUGAUCUGAUACACAUAUAUAUCAGGAAAUGAAGGUAGUUACCUUCACCUCACAUGGUGUGUGGUUAAGAACUUCUAAGACCUACCUUCUAAGCAACUUUCAAGUAUACAUUAACUAUAAUCAUCGUGCUGUCUUCUGGGGAUCAUUAGAUCUCUAGAACUUACUCAUAACUGGAAGUUUGUACCCUUUGACCACAUUCAUCCACUGUCCCCCACCCUUAUGAACCACCAAUUUACUGGUAUUUCUAGGAGUUGGGUGUUUUUUGUUUUUAGAUUCUACAUGUAAGUGGAAUCAUACAGAAUUUGUCCUUCUCUGCCUUAUCUCACUUGGUAUAAUGCCCUCAAGUUCUAUCCAUAUUGUUGCAAAUGGCAGGAUUUCCAUUUUUAUGGUUGAAUAUUACUGUCUAUAUAUUUAUACGUUUUAUCAACUCAUCCAUUGACACUUGGGUUGUUUCCAUGUCUUGGCUAUUGUAAAUAAUGCUGCAGUGAACAUAGGGGGCAGAUCUCUUCUUCAAGAUGAUUUCAUUUCCUUCUAGUAUAUACCCAGAAGUCAAACUUCCCUCUUAAGGACACUAGGCAUUAGAUUAAGGCCCACGUAAAUCCAGUAGGACUUCAUCCUAAUAUGAUUACAUCUGCAACGAUCCCAUUUCUAAGUAGGUCACAUUCACAGGUACCAGGGCUCAGAACUUGAACAUUAUCUUUUCGGGAGACACAAUUCAACCCCAAACAGCAUUUAUUUCUGUAAAAAAAAAAAAAAAAAAAAAAAUCAAGGAGCGCCUGGGUGGCUCAGUUAAGUGUCUGCCUUCA